AUGUUAACCCAGCACCCAUCCCGCGCCCUCCGCAGCGCAUUCGCAUCCAAACGCGCAUCCUUAUCGCCGAAACAAGCACCCUCCACACGCACCCUGUUGCAAAUAGCACCAAAGCGCCCAUUCUCAUUCCAAAGCACAAGGCCUCACAUCCCCAGUCAAUAUAAACUCCUGCAUAAAACCAACCCAGCAACCCGCCGACCCUUCACCUCAACCUACAGCUCCAACUUCGGAAACCAAAACCGCUACAACCGCUUCGGAGGCGGAACGCGCCAACCACUCGUCUUUCGACUCGUGCAGAAUGCCAAACCGGGACAUUUUGUUGCUAUCGGGGUUGGGAUUUCGGGAGUUUAUUUGUACAAUACGGAUACAGUUGAGAUGACCGGCCGAAGACGCUUCAAUUGCGUAUCUAGCUCGCAAGAACUGAAAAUGGGAGAGGAGAGUUAUCGUGAGGUUCUUCAAUCUGAGAGGGGGAAGGUCCUCCCUGAUUAUCAUCCUCUUACGAGGAUGGUGGAUGGGGUUUUGCAGAGGUUGAUUCCGCAGGUGGCUAUUGAGGGGGCGGAUUGGAAGGUUCAUGUUAUUAAGGAUGAUGGGAUGGCUAAUGCUUUUGUUCUUCCAGGGGGCAAGGUCUUUGUCUAUACUGGCAUCUUACCUAUCUGCAAAGAUGAGGAUGGUCUAGCUGCUGUGUUAGGACAUGAGAUUGCACAUGUUGUGGCUCAUCAUCCUGCCGAACGCAUGAGUAAUAGCUUCAUUACGCUGGGAGCUGUCCUCGCUCUUUCUUUUCUCUUUGAUGUCUCUGGGCAGUUAUCUUCUAUGCUACUGAAUCUUAUGUAUCGUCUGCCGAAUUCGCGGACGCAAGAGGCUGAAGCGGACAAUAUUGGACUGAUGAUGAUGUCCAAGGCCUGUUUCAAUCCGGAGGCUGCUGUCACUUUAUGGGCUCGUAUGCAGGAGCAGGAGAAACAGACUCCUCCGCAGUUCAUGUCAACCCACCCUUCGAGCUACAACAGAAUGGAAGCCAUUCAAGGAUGGCUCACCAAGGCCGAGAGAAUCUACCAGGAAAAUGGGUGCAGUUCUCUGAAAGGAUACAGUCCCUCCCAGGCGGGGCUCUUCAAGCCUGGGUACCAGAGCCACGACGCCGAAGAUGGAGCCGUUAUCCGUAACAUUGAAGCCUGCCAGGCUAUCUCGGGCACCGUCCAGACCUCCCUGGGCCCCUAUGGCCGCAACAAGAUCGUCAUCAACCACCUGCAGAAGAUGAUCCUUACCUCCGACGCCGCUACUAUCCUCCGUGAGUUGGAUGUUGUGCAUCCCGCCGCUAAGCUGCUCGUUAUGGCCAGUCAACAGCAGGAUGCGGAGAUGGGUGAUGCUACCAACUUGGUUAUUGUCCUGGCGGGUGAGCUCCUCAAGAAAGCUGAGGAGUUGAUCCGUCUGGGGUUGAAGACGAGUGAUAUUGUUUCCGGUUACGAGAAGGCCCAGAACUUCGCCUUGAAGGUUCUAGAGGAUCUCGAGGUCGACAGACUCCAGGAGAUGCGGUCGGCAACGGAACUGAGCAAGGCUCUCCGCACAGUUAUCGCCGCCAAGCAGUCCGGCAAUGAGGAUACUCUCGCUGCGUUGGUUGCUGAGGCCGUCCUGGCCGUCCUGCCCAAGAACCCCCUCAACUUCAACGUCGACAACGUACGAGUCGUUAAGAUCAUGGGUGGUAGCUUGGAACAAUCCCGCGUGGUGAAGGGUAUGGUGUUUGGCCGUGAGCCCGAUGGAGUUAUCAAGUCUGCUAGCCGCGCCAAGGUCGGUGUCUUCAGCUGCCCCCUCGAUAUCAGUCAGACCGAGACCAAGGGCACAGUUCUCUUGAAGAACGCCCAGGAGAUGGUGGACUUCACCAAGGGCGAGGAGGAGCGUCUGGAGACUGCCAUCAAGGAGCUCUACGACUCCGGUCUCCGCGUCGUUGUUGCCGGCUCCACUGUCGGCGACCUUGCCAUGCACUACCUCAACCGUUUCAACAUCCUGGUCAUCAAGAUUCUGUCCAAGUUCGAGCUCCGCCGUCUGUGCCGUGUUGUCGGUGCCACCCCCCUCGCCCGUCUGGGUGCCCCCAUGCCCGAUGAGAUGGGCCAAGUCGAUGUUGUCGAGACCACCGAGAUUGGCGGUGACCGUGUCACUGUGUUCCGCCAGGAAGACGCCAACGCCGUUACCCGCACAGCAACCAUUGUCCUGCGCGGCGCCACCCAGAACCACCUGGAGGACGUCGAGCGUGCCAUUGACGACGGUGUCAACGUCGUCAAGGCCAUCACCAAGGACCCCCGCCUCGUCCCCGGUGCCGGUGCCACCGAGAUCCAGCUCGUCGAGCGCAUCUCUAACUUCGCCGACAAGACCCCCGGUCUGCCCCAGCACGCCAUCCGCAAGUACGCCGAAGCCUUCGAGGUUGUUCCCCGCACACUCGCUGAGUCUGCCGGUCUCGAUGCCACCGAGGUUCUCUCUCGCUUGUACACCGCACACCACCGCGCCUCCACCACCGAGGAGUCAUCCGAAGAAGAGGAGGGCAGUUCAUCCGAAGAGGAAGAGCCCUACUGGACCACUGGUGUGGAUCUUGAGCAGGGCUCCGCCGAUGGUACACUUGAUACCGUUGAGGAGGGUAUCUUAGAUCUCAUGGCCUCGAAGGCUUCCGCUAUUCGUCUGGCCAGUGAGGCUGCCCGGACGGUGCUGAGCGUAGACCAGAUCAUCGUCUCUCGGCAAGCGGGUGGACCCAAGAUGCCGCAGGGUGGUGGUGACUGGGACCAGGACUAG